CUGAACAUGGCCGCCUGAUCAUGGCAUGAAUUUUACUUUUUAAAAUUUUACUAUUUUAGCCUUAGUGAGGAGUGCAAGUUGCCCUACAAUAAUAUUUAGUCAAGGAGUUUGUGAAAAGCUUCCCUUAAUUAGAAAUGUUUGUUAUUUGCGAUAUCUGUCAGUGUGAAAUUUCGUCAGCUGACCUGUAUGACUACCACAUCAAUGGUAAGCGACAUCAGGUUCAGCUCCGACGAUACCAGACCCGCAGAGAUGAAGCCCUGAGAAGUGUGUAUGUCAGGGGAUUCCCACCCGCUACACAGGAACAUGAGCUGCUCGCUUAUUUCUCCAUGUUCGGACCAGUGGGAAAAAUUAUCUAUGAUGAGAAAAAAUCCGCAAAGACGAAAGUACCAGCCUUUGCAAUUGUGGAAUUUGUGUCACCUGAUACAGUUAAAACCGUUACAAGUUACGGACAACACGUCUUAAACAGCCAACACGUAGAAAUCCGACCCCGAACAUUUAAGGAGCUGCGAACAGAACCUUAUUUCCCAUGGCAGCGCCAAGAGAAUAACAAGGACAUGCCAUGGAAUAGGUACCAAAACAAUUUUGAAAAGUUAGCAGCCAAGAAUAUACAGGUGGGUCCAUAUGAGAGCUACAAUACCUACCAGCCCAAAGGGAAAAAAGCCAAAGGUCCCAAGCCAACCAAGCAGGGUAGAGCCAAGGAUUCUGAGGGUCAGGAGAUAAUCCCCAUACAGCUGGAGGAGUUCAGGAAUUACUUAACAGAACAUCAGUGUGUGGGGAUUCAGACUCAGAUGAUGCUGUUAGUCGAACUAACACAGGUUACGGCUCUAGAGUUCCAGUACCGCUAUACAAUAUGUAAAACUCUCGAGGACGCUCUAACACCAUUCUUCCCAGGGAUGACAGUAAAUCAGUUUGGGUCAUCUGUGAAUGGAUUUGGAAUCAAAGGCUGUGACAUGGACAUCUUUAUUGACCUGAGUAAACUCGGAAUUCCUUGUAGAACGGGGAAUGUGACCUUGCCCUUUGUGAAGGAUCUGUACACCCUGAAGAAGAAAGCUAAAGCCCCUCUGACCCAGGUCGAUGUGGACGGAAUGAGGAACCUGGACAAGUUGAAGCUGAUCCAGCGGAUUCUGACUGAGCAUGCUCCUACCUGUAUGGAGUCCCAGAUUAUACCAAGUCAGCGAUGUCCCAUCUUACGCUUCACCGAUUACAACUCCCAAAUCAAGUGUGAUCUCUCCAUUAACAACAAAUUGGCCCUACAAAACACCAGGUUACUCCAGACCUUCAGUUUGUUUGAUGCAAGGAUCAAGCCCCUGGUCUACACCAUCAGGUAUUGGGCCAAGGUCAAGGACGUUGCUGGGAAUCCCAAGGCCUCUAACAGACUGUCCUCGUAUGCCCUGACCAUGCUGGUCAUUUACUACCUGAUGAAUACAACGCCCCCUGUGUUACCCCCAGUGGAGGAACUUGCCCGAAUGUGUGGUAGAGAAAGAACUAUUAUUGACCAAUGGGAUUGCUCCUUUGUGUCAUCUCAGUUUAUGCCCCCUACUACCAACAUACAAACCAUAGAGGAGUUGUUACACGGUUUCUUUCAAUACUUUGGUAAUUUUGAUUUCCUGUCAACCCCCAUGUCUGUGAGGACGGGAAAACCCAUGACCUUGGCCCGGGCAGUUCUGGAAAAGACCCUCAAGGUUGGAUCCAUGAUUCUUCAGGAUCCAUUCGUCCUAGACCACAACAUUACACAGAAUGUCAAUUCAAACAUGGUCAUCAAAAUCAUCAAAGAAAUGAAGCUUGCCGAGGCUAAAGCACAGCGCUGGUUUGAUGUGGCUUGUGCAGAGACAAAAAGCAUUAUGGACAUACUAGAUAACGAAAUACCCCAGGGGUUUGAUAUGAAGAAAAUAAAACUUAAGAAUCCUAUGUCGGAGGAGCUUGGUACUUACCAGAUGCUCAUCAGAAUGAACAUGGACAAGCUUUCCCGCGCGGAUGUCCAGGCCCUGGAGGCCGGGGGAAACAUGCAACUCAGCUGGUGUAAAAAGAUGAUGGUGUUCUUAUACCGCCUGAUAGAGAGAAGUCUCAUGUUUGACUGCGAUUUGGCAGACGUUAAACUCCCGGUCAACCUGAAGUCUUCUAGAAACUACACCAUCUACAGAUGUGUGAACAAACCAUUCCGCCCAACAGCUAUGGGUGAGGAGGGACAGGAGUCUCAAGAGUAUAUGGAGGGUCAGCAGGGAGAUGGGGAGGGUCAAAUGACAGAGGAAACCAGUCAGGCAGCUGGAGGAAGCUUGUCAGAGGGUCAGGAUAAACCAAGCACAUCGGGGGGUCAGGAUAAACCAGGUACAUCGCAGGGUCAGGAGAAACCAAGUACAUCAGAGAAGUAUCAUCAGUCUACUGAGUAUGAUGAAAUGGGAGACUAUGAUGAAGACUACAAUGAUAAUCUAGGCUGGGCACCUGCAGGGAAAGGUCCCACAUCUUCCAGCACUGUUGAUGGAACAGAAUUAGUGGCAGUGAGGGAUCCCCUCCAAGAGGAUGAGGAGGACGAAGAAGAUCGGAGGAAGCAGGAGGAAGAGGAAAGGCUGGCAGAGGAGGAAGACAGGAAGAACGAUCCUUCAUACAUCCAGUACGAUUUCCAGGACUCCGAGUACUACAUCGACAUGGAUGUUAAGGUCAUGUGCAGGAUUUGGGUGGAGAGAAAGAAUGUGAUGAAGGAGCUGAAGGAUAGAGGAUUUAGAGAGAAUCUGCAGUUAGAACAGACUGUUUCUGAGAGGCUGUUCUAUGAAAUCCACGGUCCCAUGAAGUGGCCUGUCACACAGUUCCGCUGUGUGCUGCGAUCCAUUGUGACGGACAACGGAGCCUCAGUGUUACUGGACUGUAUGGCUGAUCCCCGACAGAAGGAGUACGAUUGUAUUUUCCACUACAUGAAAAAGUUCAUAAUCAAGAGUGUUGAUAAGUACUUUUAUGCAUAGACUGGCAGAAAAAAGGAACAUGAUAUAAACAGUGUUUUUUGUUGUUCCAUUUUUUUGUUGUUGUGGUGUUUACAGUUGUAAAAUGUUUCUAACAAUGUGUUUGGUUAUGAUUGCAUUGCUUUUAUAAUUGAGAUCAACAAUUGUAUAAAGUACAUAUACUGAGAAAAAAAAAUAUUGUUUUUGAUAUAUGGAUGUUAGAUGAUUCUAGAUUCAAAAUUCUGUUUUGAUUUUCUCUACAUGUAGUAGUAUUUCUAAAUGUAGAUAUAUUCACUGAAUAUUUAAUAGUACAUAUAGUACCGGUACAUUAAUACAUUUGCUUUGUUUUUCUAUAGACUAGUUACACAGCAUAACAAUUCAUGGUAGCACAGGUAUUCAAGUUGAACUGUGUGAGAGAACUGGAUUUUAGUGUGAAGAAACAGUUUAAAACCAGUGCAUGUACAUCAUAUGUCCAGUGCUGCAAAUUGUUCAAGGAAAACUUUAUUUAAAGUACAUGUACAUAUACAUGUAUUGAUUUCAUUAAAAUUUUGCCUGAAAUUGCACUUGACUUAGUUAAUUGAUAAAAAUUUAAAAUUGA